AGAGGGUCACCUUUCGAAGCGUCACAAACGACCGGGGGAGGGGCCUUGCGUUCGUUCUUGGACCCAAGGGCGGAGGCGUGGUUCGUCAGGCGGCGGAGAGGGCGAGAUAGAGCAAGUCGAGAGACGGAUGGAGACAAAUACACGGUGUCGUUCAGCGUGGUUUCGUCGGACGGCGGAGACAACGGACGAGGUGGACAUGGAGGCGGCGGUGGCGGGGUUGUCUCCGCCGUGUGGCAAGAAAAGAGGGAGAAGAAAAGGAAGGUUAUCACUUACGGUGGGCCCGGGCCACACGUGGCGCUGAGCUCUACCUGAUAUUUCCUAGAUAUGACUUCCGCAAUGACAGAAUUGUCAGCGUCCAACUCCCAAAAGCGUGAGCUAUCUUCGAUGACCGAGAAUAUAAGAUGGGAUUCUCCCGUGCACUGACGUGAUUCCCUCUCAUCAGUUCGAGCGGAAGAAUCUGAGCCGUACGCCGAGACCUGGCCGCCCGCAUCCGCGGUUCCUGGAGACAGAUUGGUUUCUGCCCCCCCUCUUCCCUGCCCUUUUGAUGGGUGAAGAAGAAGAGGGCGGCAUGUCCAGUGAUUGCCAGAAGCCUGCGAAGACCAGCCCGAAAUUGACCCUGCUCCCCCUGAUUGCGCUCAUCUUCUAUGAGGUCUCCGGGGGCCCGUUCGGUGUCGAGGACUCGGUGAAAUCUGGGGGCGGCCCUCUCCUGUCCCUGCUCGGUUUCUUGAUCUUCCCGCUGUUCUGGAGCGUCCCUGAAGCUCUGGUCACUGCCGAGCUCGCCACCAGCUUCCCGGAAAAUGGUGGCUACGUGUUGUGGAUCUCGUCGGCUUUCGGGCCCUUCUGGGGCUUCCAGGAGGGGUUCUGGAAAUGGUUCAGCGGGGUCAUGGACAAUGCGCUCUACCCCGUGUUGUUCCUCGAUUACUUGAAGCAUUCGUUCCCGAUCUUCAAUCGGUUGAUCGCCCGAGUCCCGGCUCUUCUGGGGAUUACGGCCUCGUUGACAUAUUUGAAUUACCGAGGCCUGCAUAUAGUCGGGUUUUCUGCGGUUACCCUUGCGGCUUUUUCACUUUUGCCAUUUGCUGUCAUGGGUAUCCUGUCGAUUCCUCGGAUACGGCCUGCGAAAUGGGUAGCGGUAGAUUUUAGCAAGGUAGAUUGGAGGGGGUACUUCAAUAGUAUGUUUUGGAACUUGAAUUAUUGGGAUAAGGCGAGCACAUUGGCUGGUGAGGUCGAAAACCCGAGCAAGACAUUUCCGAAGGCGCUUUUCGGAGCAGUAGUUUUGGUCAUGUGUUCAUAUUUGAUUCCACUUUUGGCCGGCACAGGGGCAUUGAAUACUCCGGCAAGCGAUUGGAGUGAUGGUUAUUUUGCCCAAGUGGGCUUCUUGAUCGGGGGUGCUUGGCUCAGGUGGUGGAUACAAGUGGCUGCUGCGAUGUCCAAUAUGGGGUUAUUUGAAGCAGAAAUGAGCAGUGAUGCUUUUCAACUACUUGGAAUGAGUGAGAUGGGCCUGCUUCCAACCAUAUUCGCUCAAAGGUCUAAGUAUGGGACACCAACCAUUAGCAUCCUAUGCUCGGCUACUGGUGUUGUGUUCUUGUCAUGGAUGACUUUCCAAGAAAUCCUGGAAUUCCUGAAUUUCCUCUACGCCAUCGGCAUGAUCCUUGAGUUUGCUGCUUUCAUAAGAUUAAGGAUAAAGAAGCCGGACCUUCAUCGACCAUACAGGGUACCAUUGCAGACAUUUGGGGUGACAAUGCUCUGUGUGCCUCCAACCCUGCUGCUUGUGCUCGUCAUGUGCCUGGCUUCUGCAAAGACAUUCUUAGUGAGCGGAACUGUUAUUUUGGUGGGUCUCUUAUUAUACCCUCUGUUGAUUCAUGCCAGAGAUAAGAAAUGGGUCAGAUUUGAAGCACAAAAAGGAUUGCCCUCAGAUGAUAAUCCAGUUGGUCAUAUUGUUGAGUCGAAAUUACCACAGGAAGACACAGAUGAUGCAACGGUUACUCUGCUUUAGGAAUCAGCAUCGUCCAAGACAGAUCAGGAACUUUCUUCGGUUGUGGUGGAAGAAGUCCUCAAGUUAGAGUAAGAGGUGAUUCUCCAUUUUUCUCCUUCUGUCCACAUAGUCAGAUCAUAAAAUUAGGAAAAGAAAUUGAAAAGAAAUGGUGACAACUGAUCCAAUUCUCGAGCCAUGCUGCUUGUGUAAACUUUGCACUGCAUGCCAGAACUUUCGAAACAAGACUGGUUAUAGAUGGAAAUAAGAAUUCGGGAGAUGCAUCAGUUUCAUGACACAGAUCAUGAGUUAUAGCAGCUUCUCAUUAUGUUGUGUCUUGAGACCGAACCCUCAAACGGAAUUCAUUUUCACAGUUUGAUGAGGUUUCCCAAAUGCAAAACUUAAUGAAAUCUUCUCUGCAUUUGACAUUGAAAAGUUUCUCCCUUCUUGUACGGUCACAGACCAAUCUAUGAAAAGUGGAUUGUUGUAUGA